UUUUUGUUUUGCCCUCAUUUUGUUGCUUUUUAUUAAUAAUUUAUUCAAAAAAACAUUCAUUCCUUUAAUAAAAAAUAAUUUUGAGGAAUUUAGAGUGUUUAAUAAAGGCUGGAAAAUGCGUGAAUUAAAGGACCAGCUAUGCACACUGUUGGUUACUUUCCAAGACGACAAAGAGCCUAACAAAGAAAUAACAACGGCGCACACUUUUGCAAGCACUAAACAGGAGGAUUAUCCACAAUAUAGGCGUAUAGUACAUUCUAGACAUACUGAUCGUGAUGAGUCUGGACGGCCAUUAAGUGUUACAGAGCGUCUAUCGCAGUCCUCCCUCUCCGCAUCGAUAGGGCCUCUUGGCUCUGAUAUGGUUGAACAUCGCCGCGCUCUUUCAUCUCCACCUUUCUCAGUUACGGUUAGUCCAAAUUCUCCUAAUAUAGAGAAGCCUAAAAGUGUGCCACAAAUAAAUAAUCAAAGACAACAUAAUUCUAUAUCAUUGCCAAGAAGUGUUGAUCCUCUUUUAACUAUACACGAGGUCUCCCUAGCCUAUACAAGCCCAAAAUCUACUACCCCAACUUCUGCCCCUCUACAAGAGCCAACAUUCCCAAACAACACCCUCCCAGGCUUAUUAAUUGCCAAAAAUAAACAAACAGCCCCAGCAACAAUAACAACAUUCCCAACAUCUGGAAGUGUUCAUAUCCUUUUACCACCAAAAGAAGCUAAUAAAACAAUUAAAAUAAAUGGGAAUCAAACAACUAAAACAAUGAAUACUAAAUUACCUUAUGUUGUUAAACGGCCAGAAGGGGAUUGGGCUUAUAAUAGAAAUCUCUGAUAAACCUCAAAAGUCGGGAAUGGAACGACAGACAUCAACAGCAACUUCAAUUCCAACACGCGGAGAGGGAGGCACUACGGGAGACGCUGAAACAAGUAU